UUUUAGUUGAUCGGUAAUGCAUGUACAUGUACAUACGCGAGCCUUCAACGUUUGUUGUUUCUUGCUGCAUGUUGAAUGGCUGAAAGUUUUGUGAAGACAACUGAUUGGACCUAAUGGUUUACAGUGAUGCCGAAAUUUGUACGUCGCUGGUGGAUGUACUAAAAAUUCUGCGAAAGAACUGGGAUUGAAAUUCUCUUCAAGGUUCCGAAGAAUGAGAGCAUUCUUCAAUUUUGUGCUGUUGUCCACGGCUAUGCGUGUUAUGCAUGCCUAAAGUGCACGCACUGCAGUAUUUCCUCUCCAUGGUCUAACUGAUUGAGUUCGUCAUCAAAUCAUCACUCAGUUCAUUUCAGUGGAAUUUAUUGAAGGAUUGCCAUGACAACACUGACCACCAGCAGCAGCGAGUCCUCCACCAUUCAGACUUUGGACGAACUAAGCCAGGAAACUGCAACCACAGUAUCAUCAUCAGCGGCCUCCAUUAAAGACUACUCCAUCUUGACAUCGGCCCCACAGGAGACUGAACCUGACGAGCAUGGUUCAAGUAGCGAACUAUGGGAGACAGCAACCAACACGCGCUCCUUUGAGCAGACAUCAACAAACGGAUCAUCCCUGACCAAGACGGAUGACAAGUUGAGCGGGAGGAAGGGAGGGGCAUGGAGGAAGGCGGGAGGAGGGAGCUCCUCUUCUGAAAUGGAAGAGUCUUACUACUCAGCAGAUUGGGAAUCAAGCCAAUCUCAUAACUUGUCGGAUUCCCGCCAGAAGUCCGUACUGUCCACCCAGCAGCAGUUCAUCCAAGCUAAACUCAGACUCUUGAAGAAAUCUCGGCACAAAAUGGGAACCACGGCAACACAGGAGACGGUGGCAGUACACUCUGAGGUCGAGGAGAAAAGCUUGUUCUGCCAGAAGGCAAUUGGGACUUUGCUCAAUGAGAAAAGACAAGAUGUAACCAGCUCAAAAACGCAGACAGAAAGAAUCGGGGCAAAGCCCGAGAGCUCUUCCGAGGCUUCUGGCAUCUUCAUUGAAAGAGAGUUCAUCGAAACUUUGAAGAUAGGAAACCUACUGUCGGCUAUGAAACAGGCAGCAUCUGUUGAUACCACCAGCAGGGCUGAAUCUUGCCAACAAUGCCAAGAAGCACGUGCUGCAGCCUUGAAAUGGGACUUCAUCCGUCAGCGAACCUCUCGACUCAAGAACGAACUGACUGAGAGAAGAUUGGACUGGCUGCUGAGCACUCAGGAUCCACUGACUGUCAUUGGAGAUCUAGCCCGACAACUUCCAAUGCCUGCAGAUGAUCCAAAAGAGGUAUGGAAUAGACUGAUGGACCACGGGAUAACAUAACAACAGGCAUAGUGAUGAUCCCACGGAGAGAUGGAAUAGACUGCCGGAACAUGGGAUAAGAUAGUGCCAGGCACAGUGGCUACCAGUGCCCAGUGGCAGUCCUGCCAAGCCACUUGGGAUAGAAAUAGUCUGAUUGACUGCGGAACCACAUGAUACCAGUGGAGUACCAAAGUGUGAUGUGAUUUUGAACCAGUGUCAUGCAAAAUGAAUGGAGUACAGGUGCGUGUUGGUUCACACGCCGAGUCUUGUGCUGAUGCCUUUUACACAUGAACCAUGCGCAUGAUGAACUCACUUCAGAACUCUAUACAGCUUACCUUAAUGGGAUAGUCUCAUUGACCAUGGGACAUCAUGCCAAUGAUAUAGCAUGGUCCAAUACAGAUGAAGAAUAGACUGAUACACAGGAAAAUCAUGUCACUGUCCAACGAUAAACCCACAUAAAUUGUCAAAUAUAUGUCGACUGACAGACCGUGAGAUUUUAUACCAGUGCUCAAAGAUGACCCAAAGAGAGUUAUUCUGACAAAUCUGUCCUUUGUUCCUUUGGGUUAACAAAUUCCCUCUUUAAUUAUGCAAUCUUUGGUCUUGUAUGUUCACCAACUACAUGUAUCGGUUAAUACCACUAUGUGGCCAUUUUUUCUACGUACAGUUUUCCUGUUUAUUUUGACGACGUCCCAGAUAUUCCACUGUCCCAAGAGUCUUGUUUUAAUGAUUUUAUACAUUUCGGGUGACGCUCAAUAAAACUUAACCGGCAUUUGCAGUGAGCGAUUUCAUGUUAAAAUUUUGAAUAGCAAAUUCACUAUGUAUUUUUUGUUUGCAUAGCAAAAAAUUGACUUUGUAUAGCAACUGAUCAAUUUUUGUUAAGCAGUUCCUGUUGUAAUUUAAAUCACGUUAAAACACUAA